AUGUUCCAUUGGAUUGGUCAAAAUCUUUAUGUAACUAAUCUUAUUAAUGAUUGUAUAUGGGUUUUAAAAAAUGAUGAACAUUAUGCAAUUCAAUUAAAAAUUGCUACUGUUAAUCAUAUGGUUGGAAUACUUUAUUUUAUUAAUUAUGAACAUGAAGUUAUUGAGAAUCCUAAUGAAAGUAUUGUUACUAUUGUAUCAGCUUAUAUGAAUGCAAGUGUUACCGAGCAUGAAAGUGUUUCACAAUGUUAUUGUAUACAUGGUAAAUGUGUUUAUCAUAUUGAUGAAUAUGAUGAUUACCAAUUAAGUCACUGUGAAUAG